UGGUGUCCAGGGGAGGUCCCCGGCGGCUGGAGCGCGGCGGAGGCAGGCGCAGAGGCCGGAGGGAGAGGAGGCGAGGGGCGGCCCGAGAGCGGGGAGGGAGAGAGGCGAGCGGUCAUGUGCCCGUGCCCCCUGCACCGCGGCCGCGGCCCCCCGGCCGUGUGCGCCUGCAGCGCGGGCCGCCUGGGUCUGCGCUCGUCCGCUGCGCAGCUCACCGCCGCCCGGCUCAAGGCGCUCGGCGACGAGCUGCACCAGCGCACCAUGUGGCGGCGCCGCGCGCGGAGCCGGAGGGCGCCGGCGCCCGGCGCGCUCCCCACCUACUGGCCCUGGCUGUGCGCGGCCGCGCAGGUGGCGGCGCUGGCGGCCUGGCUGCUCGGCAGGCGGAACUUGUAGGAACGCGGGGCUUCUUGGUGGGGCCGGAGCCGAGACCCAGCCGGAGCGAGCAACAGGUUGGUGAGAACCCUGUGUCCUUGGAGAAAGCUGGUUCCCAUUUUCCUGAAGGGGAGCCCAGAGCUUGAAAGGCAGCGCGUUGGCACUUCGAGAAGGAAGUGGAGAAUAAAGACAGUGCCGGGGGCACUAGGAUCAUCGUGGAAUGGGACUGGGGACGCCCUUUGGAUAUCCAGCUGCAGAAACAGACACCCCAAUGCUAUUUACAUACAGUUCUCUCUCUCUCUCUCUCUCUCUCUCUCUCUCUCUCUCUCUCUCUCUCUUUCUCUAUAUCUAUCUAUCUAUCUAUCUAUAUAUAUAUAUAAAGAAAAUAUGAAUAUUACUAUUCAGUGCAUGCCUUGUCGAGGACGUCCCCUCCCUUCUCUGCACCUUCCGAUGUGAACUUUGAUACUCUUUCGUGUCUGGGGCACCGGAAGAGAGAUGCCGACUUUCUACCGAGAAAAUUUGCAAAGACUGGUGGGAAUUAGAGCCUGAGUCAACCAACCACCUGGGGAGGGAUGCUGGCGGAGCGCGCGAGGUGACAUUGCAAAAGGGCAAAAUCAGAAAGAAAAGUGAGGAGGACUCGAGGCCGAUGGGUAGGGGCAGUCUGGGAGACCUCCAUUUCCAAGUCUUGACAAAUCCUAGCCUCUCUCUACCUACCUAGUUAGAUGGCUAGUCCCACUGUCACAGCAAGACAAAUGGGAUUUGUUUUUCCCCCUGCCAAUCUUGUGUCUCUGGUGCUUCACUUACAUUUUGCUGGUGCUAAGUGUGUUCCUGCUGGUGCUGCCAUGGUAUUCUGUUGCCAGACAGGGGACAAGAGAGAUUUCUCUUUUGCUGUUUCGGAUUCUUUUUUUGAAAGGGACAAGGGCAAAGUGCCACUUGAGAGUCUCUUGUCUUUCUCUAUGUGGGAACGAAUAUCCAGAGGUGUUUUUUGGAGCAAGCCUUGGGCUCUGGAAGGGAGGAGGGGAGCGGGUUGGCAUUGAGGGGCAUGCUGGUUAUGAAGUGGAAAGCUGACCUCAUAUGUGACUUGUUUGCUGUCUUCUCCACCCCAGAAAAAGUAUCCUGGGAGUUCAGCCCAUGGCCUCCCUCACUCCCCAAGGGGAUUUCAGGGCUUAGGUUUUAUGGAUUAAAGAGCCAAGAAAUGACUACGUUCUGGUCAAGGUAAUUUAUAAGCAAGGGAUGUUGUGGGGUGGGGGGGAGAGAGUUGGGUCAUUUAAAUGAAAUGCACCAGCAUCUCACUGACUGAGGGUCUGAUUCCCGUCCCCCCUCCCCCCUCCCCUCCAUGAACUGCUAUUUUCAGAAGUUUCUAGAAGGGCUAAAAAAAGAUGUGUGCUGGACCGAGACUUGGCUGCAAAGACUCUUCAGGGAACAAUGAUUAUUUUUUUGCUUUCAUUUUAAAAAGUCCAACAAAAACAGGUAUUAUUCCUCUGUGCAGGGUAUCACGCACUGCUGUUUUCAAAGCUGAGAUGCUGAGGCGCCAGGCUGCAGCUUCGGUCAUGCUACAAGGCUGGAUUUGCAGGUCACCCCCCAGUACCUAUGGACACGGCGUCCGCUGGGCUGGGUAGCAGACACCCUUCCAGUGCUAAGACUUUGCUGAAAAAUGACCCUUUAGAAUGUAGGACCUUUCAGGGCUGCUUGCAAGAUGGGAGCUUUAAAAAAAAAAUAAAAAUCUGUGCCUGAUGUUUUCCUAAACCGCCCUUUAAAGGAAAAUGCAACCCAAACUGCUACAGGUGAGGGCAGUUCCCACCCCCUAGCCCCAGACAGACUGGAACUUAGCGAAAAGGAAAGCUUGUUUAUGGAGAACUUGUUUUAUUUCAUUGCUGGAGGCCUCCCUGCAGUUAUACAUACAGGGGAUGGGUGUGCAGGUAUGGGUUCAGAGAGUAGAAGGUGACAUCCCCCCCAACUCCAAACCACAAACUUAGAAAAGGCAAAAUGAAUUAGAAUGACAUGAAAGGCAUUCUCUGCUUUCAUUUAGACACCGGAGUCUUUCCAGCUCACCCCAUUUGGGGGAGGGGUGUUCCAUGAUUAUAGUUGGAUGUGAUCACAGCUGUAUGCUGCUUUAAGGCUGCACCUUCAAGACCGGGGUGGGGAUAUGCUGACUAACUAGGCACAGAAGUAAGCGGAAAGGUCAGAGAACCCCUUUUUCAACCCGGACUGGCCUACGAGCUUAUGAUGUUUCCGCUGGAGGAUCCAAACUCCAAAUGCUGCGUUUGGUGUUUUGGGCAAUUUUGAUUUCAACGGAGCCACAUCGCUGAGAGAACUGGGCACCCAGGACCUUCCGACGGAGCUUUGCAGCCAAGUCCCUUGUACAUAUUCUCUUGUACUAUUAGAAACCGUGUAUUUAUCUAAUUCCAGCUUUUUCUUGCACAUCAUUAAUUUGAGUGCACUUCUCAACUGCCCCGAUUUUUGACGAGGGGUUGUUUUUAAUGCUUGUUUUUUAUAUGAGAUUUGACUUCUUGAUGGACAUUUGUAUUAGGAAAUUGAUGCAUGAUCUCUGUGUAUAUAAUAUCUUCGCCGUCUCUCCUGUUGCAUUACUUGGAUUGCAUGAGAUAGUGGGGUGGUGGUUUUCUUUUAAAAAUAUUUCCACAGUGUGCAAAGUGCUGGCACCAUUUCUCUCUCCCCCCCCCCCACCCCUUUUCUCCGGCUGCCAAGGAGUCAUUGAUUUUGAUUAGUUUCACUGCAGAGCGUCUGUGAAGAGAAAGAGAGAGAGAGAGAGAGAGAGAGAGAGAGAGAGAGAGAGA